UGAAUGCAUCUGAAAAAAAUCCAUGACUCCAGUGUAAAUUUUCCUUUCCCGUCAGUCGUUGCUCUCCUCCGUCUACGCUUGGCUGUUCCCCGAGUGUGUAACCGAAUAAGUUCGUUUCGAGCCAGACGGUUUGUACUCGGCGGCUUUAGCCUUCCUAACUUCCGCCGCGAAAUCGUCGUUCGGCUCUUGCACCAAGACGGAUAGCUGAUUGUUUCCUGAUCAGUGGCUUAGUCUGUCGUCUGUUGCUUGUUAGUGUCCAAGAGCCGGCACACCACCAUGUUAGGGGAGAUCCUGAGCGUGCAGCCCCUGGAGCUGAAGUUCACGUUUGAGUUGAAGAAGCAAGUCUCGACAUCCUUGCGGCUAGUCAAUGUCACCUCCGAACAUGUCGCUUUCAAGGUCAAGACAACUUCCCCGAAGAAGUACUGCGUGAGGCCCAACACGGGCCUUAUUCCGCCUCAGAGCAGCGCGGAGGUGGUUGUGACGAUGCAAGCGCAGAAGGAGAUGCCUGCGGACAUGCAGUGCAAGGACAAGUUUCUUGUACAGAGCGUGCUUGUGCCGGGCGGAGCUCCCGAGGAAGCCAACCCUGACUUCUUCAACAAGGAGAACGGGCGCGAGGUGCACGAGGUGAAGCUGCGCGUGCUGUACGUGGCUCCCCCGCAGCCGCCGUCGCCAGUGGCGGAGUCCGCGGAGGAAGGCGCAACGCCCAGCGCGUUCCCGCCCACGGCCAAGGGGCUCACUCCCUCUGACCCGAACACUAGGGAUGUGACGGAGCUUAAGGCCAAACUCACAGAGGCAAAGACAGCACUGACCAAGAUAACUGAUGAUAGAAAUGCAGCAGUCAGAGAGCUGCAACGACUCAAGGAGCAAGUAGGCAAGGCAGGGAACAAGGCAGCGGUGCAACGGCCAAAGGGGUGGUCCUUCACAGCACUGCUUCUGGUGGCUCUUAUCUUCUUCAUUGUGGGCUUUCUGGGGGGCAAAGGCUUCCUCUCCUCCUCCUCCCCCUCCCCUGCUGCUGCCUCUUCCACUGAGCUCUAAGACUGCUGCUGGUUUGCUGCUGGUUAGCUGCUGGACUGUUGUUACUGUAGGCUCCCUGGUAUCUUACUCAUGGCCCUCCUCCCUGGUCCUCUCCACUCCCCCCCCCCUCUCACCCACACGCGUAUAAACACUCACAUCCCACUCAUGCAAGCAUAAUCUACAGCACACUUUUCGUGCCGCUUGCCCUGCCAGUGGUUACCGAAUCAUGAUUCUGGACGUCACAGCUACAAAUCUAGUUGUCACCAUGGGGUUGUGCCAUGUCAUCGAAGUGCCAUGGAGCUUGUCUCUGUAACAUGAAUCUUGCGUGAUGAGAAUUUUGUGCUGAACUUGUACAUGGAUUUUGCCUUGGAUAAUCAAGCCAUCUAAUAUUU